AUGAGGAAGUGGCAGAGCAGGAGCCAGCUGAGCCCAGAUGAUGAGUUCAUGUGCCCUCCACUGCCAGGUCAAGUUCCUGUGGAGCCAACAGUGACCUCAACUGGCCCAACAGCUCAGGGUGCCGUGGAGGCGUCUCCUGCGAACAGGAGCUCAACAGGAAAACCUACACUAUGUAGGAAGAGGAAAGGAAUUCGAGGUUUCCUCAGGAGGGUGUGGAAGGCUAUGAGACAUCGUUUCGGCUGCUGCUGUCACUGUAGUGCUGUGGAUGAUGUGGAGCCUUUCGCCCCUCCAGCAGAUCUGGACCCAGAGCCUGAUCCAGAUCACUCCGCCGUCAAGCCAAACAAUGAGUCCUUUGAGUCUCUCUUCAAUAUAGGAGAGAUGAUUGGAUCCGGAGGAUUUGGCAGGGUGUUCAAGGGUACGCGGAAGUUUGAUGGCAAAAAGGUUGCCAUCAAAGAGAUCAACAAGAUUGACAACAAUCGUUAUCUUGUUAUUCCUGGGCAUCCCGAACCUCUGGUUACAGAAGUGGCGCUGCUGCUGCUGAUGAGGCAGGAACCCAGAAGCCCGUACAUCAUACAGCUGUACGAGUGGUUUGAACACCCUGAAAAAUUCACUCUCGUUAUGGAGUACCCUGAACCAUGCGAGAGCUUGCUGGAUUUCAUCAGACGUAACUCUACACUGCAUGAAACUACGGCUCGGAUCAUCAUGCGACAGGCGGUGCUUGCAGUACAACACUGCAUCGAGCGUGGCGUUUUUCAUAAUGACGUUCAUGCGGACAACUUCCUGUUGAUGAAAAACAAGUUAGAGGUCAAGCUCAUAGACUUUGGCUGCGGUCAGCUUCUUAGUAGUGACGGCUACGACAGCAGUAUAUACCUCGGACUACCGGAUAGCUGCCCACCUGAAGCCUACACACGACCGAGAUUCCACGCCAUUCCUACAAAUGUCUGGAGUCUUGGAGUGUUGUUAUACGAGAUGGUGAAUGCAUGUUCUCCGUUUUUCGGUAGAACGGAUAUCACAGAAGGUGAAGUUAUAUUUGAGAACUCCAAUUUAUCCAAAGAAUGCAGAGAUCUGAUUCUCCAGUGCCUAACAAAGGAUCCAAAUAAACGGCCGACGUUAGAGCAGAUGUUACAACAUGAAUGGAUUAGAAAUGAUCUUCUUGUAGAUUGGAGAAGUUCAGGAGAUUCACUUGCUCUGUGAUUUCAGGAAAUAACACACUUGCUGUCCUUGGUGCAGGGCUUGAGCUCGUGACGUGACCCGAAGCCCGAAAUCCAGCCUCGACUCGACAGGGAACCCAAGCCGCCACACCAGAGAGCUCAGAACCUGUGAGCAUGAGAGACUGCAAGACUGGGAAGAAGUCAUUGUAACAACUGUAACAAUUAUAAAUCAACACGUGUACACAAUCUUAAAACUUGUUAAGUUGUUAAGUUAACUUGUUUUUAUCAGGCUGUUAGACAAAAUAGGAAGGGUGGUGGGUUAGCAGUUACUUUCUCCUCAAAGUUGCAGCACCAAAAAAAUAAAAUACAUUAAAUUAAAAUAAAAUCACAUUAUGGAGGAAUUUCAGUCUGGCUUUAGAGCUCAUCACAGUACAGGAAACUGCCCUUACAAAAAUAAUUAGUUAUACCAGAAUAAACUCUGAUCAAAAAUAAGGUCUCAAUUCUACUUCAGUAACACUUUAU